CUGUGCAUAGAGCAAUACUGGUUGAAUUUUUUUGUUGUAACUUUUGCUGUUUUUGUUUAUUAUGCAUUUGUUUGCAGAUGAGUUGUUAAUUAAAUGGGUGCCACAAAUGUCAAUGCAUAAAUGAGCUUCAAAAUGAACGCUGCACAAUUGCAGUGGCUAUGCCUGUGGCCGCUGCUCGCCCUCGUAACGCAGACGACCUUUGUUGUGCAGGCAAUAUGCCCCAAAAAAUGCAGCUGCAAAAACAUCUCAGAGAAUAUACAAGCUUUGCGCGUCCGCUGCGACGAGCAGCAAAUUGUUAAUUGGAAGGAACUGAACUUUGGCGACGAUGUCCACAACAUAGACAGCAUCACGGCCAGCAAAAAUGCAAUUGCACAAAUUACCGAAGAUGAUUUCAAGAGCUUUACGAAACUGAAACGUUUGGAUUUAAACUCAAAUCAGCUCAGCGAACUGGACAAGGACACAUUUGGCAACAGUUUGCCAAACGUGGAGCGCUUGCGGCUGGCAAAUAACUCAAUAAGUCACAUAUACGAAGGCGCCUUCGAACAGAUGCCCAAGCUGAAGCAGCUUGAUUUGUCCAACAAUCCCUUGGCCUGUGACUGUGGACUCAUUUGGCUGAUUGCCUGGUCGAAUGCGCGCGAUAUACGCUUACAGCCGCCGCCCAAAUGUGAUUCACCCAUCAAUUUUCGUGGCAUGCCGCUCAAGAAACUCAAAGUCGGCAUUGACUUUCGCUGCGAAUCACUGUUGCAGCCGCUGCUGGAGCUGGUGCCCAAACAGAAUCAGAUUGCCUUUGAGGGCGACGAGCUGCAGCUGAAGUGCUAUGCGCCGCGUGUGGCCAUUGGGGCACCGCGCGAAUCUGAGGAUUUGCCCACGCGUGCCUAUGUCUUCUGGGGCUGGUCGGAUAAGAUACGGCCGCACAAUUCGACGGAUGAUAUCAUCUAUCGUGAUCCGACCAAAAUAUUCAACGAUGUGCAUCUGGAUUCGCGUCACUCAACCGAUUCGGGCAUACUAAAUUCGAUUUUGCGCAUCGGCAGCCUCACACAGAAUCAUACGGGCAUGUGGGACUGCACGCUGCGCAGCCAACAGGCGAAUCUCUCCCAGUCCAUAGUGCUGCAUGUUGUGGCCAAGGGCACGCUCUAUUGCGAUGCCGUUGUGACGCACACAAACAAAGGCAGCUACCAUUGGCCGCGCACCAUGCGCGGCGAGACCGUGCUGCAGGCUUGCGUCGAGGAGCCGAGCGAUGUUAGCCAGCAGCGUCGCGCCUCCCACGAAUGCGGCCACAACGGCCAGUGGCAGCAGCUGAACACGGCGAGCUGUGUCUAUGUCAGCGAAACGACGCGCAUAUUCGAACAGUUUGCCAAGGUGAAUCUGACGCUGACCAAGGGCCAGAAUGCGCUGGAGAUAGCGCGACGCUUGCAUAAUUUUACGCACAUACAGACGCAGCUGCACAAGAUACGCGAUCCGAUGGAUUUGGAGUAUAUAGCGCGCACACUGCUCAAGUAUCUGGAACAGCUGGAGGCGCAUCAGCACGAGAUUAGCUAUCUGCUAAUGGACAUUGUCUCGCAGCUGCUAACGCUGCCCGUCAAGCUGUUCGAGGCUGCACAGCUGCAGCAAUCAACUGGCCACAAGCUGUUGCACAUUGUCGAAACUGCCGCCUUGCGUCUGGCCAGCUCCAGCGGCAGCGAGAGCGAGCUGAUCGAGGGGCGACAUCAGUCGUUGUCGCAGCGUAACAUCUUUGUGGAGUUCUUCGACAUCAGUCCGGAACAGUUUGUGAGCAUGUCGUGCGUCUGGCUGGCUGGCAGCCAGCGUGGCCUGCAAUGCAACAGCGCCAACGAUACAAUACCAAUGUACGAGCAUGGCGAUAUCGAUGCGGCCAUACAGCUGCCACAGCAGGUGCUCAACGAGCAGCUAACGGCCGGCGGCAGCAACCAGAGCACGAGCAGCGUUCGGCUGAUGAUCACGCUGCAUCGCUAUGCCAAGCUAUUGCCGCAGCUGCAGAGCGAGCACAACGAGACGCUCUCCUCGGUCAUUAUUGGCGCACGUCUCUACAGCAGCAGCACGGACGAGCCGCUGGCCAGUCAAGCGCUGGCGUCCGGCGAUGAACUCAAUAUGAUGGAGCAGGAGGAUGUCUAUCAGCAACGCAUCACGAUCAUGCUGCGCGCACAUCCGUAUCACGAUGAGCGCAGCGCACCGCUGCCCGCCUGGUGGGACGAACAGCAGCAGGCCUGGAAUCCACAUGUCUGCCAGCAGCAUUAUCAGCAUCGCAAUCUGCUCAUGUUUAGCUGCAGUCGCAGUGCUGGCUACUUUGGGCUGUUGCAGCGUGCCGCCUAUUUGAAUGAUUAUCGCAGCGAGUGGGCGGGUGCACGUUUCCGCCAUGCCCCGCUGCCCAUAUAUGUGGGCUGUGCGGUGCUGUUUGCCUGCGCCUGGUUCAACAUUGUCACCUUUGUUGUAUUCGGCUGUGCCAUACGCAUCAAUCGUGUGCAGCGGCAUGCGCUGGUCAAUACCUGGCUGGCGCUGGCCACGCUCUGCUUGACCUUUGUGCUGGGCAUCUAUCAGACGACCAAUUUGCUGCACUGUCGACUCUUUGGACUGCUGCUGCACUAUCUCAGCCUCUGUGUGCUGCUCUGGCUAUGCGUUAGCCUGAGCAGCAUGUACAAGCGUCUCAGCAAAUCGACAAUGGCCACAUCUUUGCCGAUGCCAACCUCGGCGGCGGCGGCAGCGGCAGCCGGAUCGAUGCCACAGGAGCCGCAUCAGCGUAAACCGAUUUUGGGCAUCUAUCUGGUCGGCUGGGGCAUUGCGCUGCUCAUCUGUGGCAUUAGCAGCGCCGUCAACAUGUCCGAAUAUGCCGCCUAUAGCUACUGUUUUCUGCACAAUUCGACCACGCUGAAUGCGCUGCUUGUGCCCGCCGGCAUUCUGCUCAUCUUUAGCGGCAUCCUGGCGUUGUGCAUCUACUAUCAGCUCAGCCAGCAGACGGUGAAUGUGCUUCAACAGCAGCAGCAGCAGCAGCAGCAACAGCAGCAACAGCAUCUCGGCCAGCGUCAAUAUUCGGAUAACAAUACACAGGCGACGGAGCACAUCGAUCUGGACUGGCUGGACGCGAAUGGCUGCGCCACCACCAUCAAGCAGGAGGCGCACACAAAUGCCAGCAGCUCGGCGCUGCAGCUGCAGCUACAGGAACAGUACAGCACGUUGAGCAAUCCGUUGAGCAGCAUUGUCGACGAUUUCGAGCGCUCCAAUAUGUCCCAUUUACGCGGACAUUUCAUCUUCCUUGUGCUCUAUGUGGGCGCCUGGCUAUCGGCUGCAUUCUAUGUGCACAGCGAGCAGCAGCUGUAUGUGCUCGGUUUUGUGGCCAGCUGUGUGGCCUUGGGCCUGUUUCUGCUGCUCUUCUACAAUUUGACCAGGAACGAUGCACGUCAGGCCUGGACACAGCAUCAUCGCCUGGCACGUUCCAGCCGUCUGGUGGCCUAUAAUAAUGCGCGCAUGGGCUCGGCCGCCCGUUCGACAGCCGCUGCGGGCGGCACUGGCAAUGCCAAGGCCGGUGGCAGCGGCGCUGCUUUGAUUAGCAACUCAAUUGUGGCUUAUAAAGCCGGACCCGGCAGCCUCUAUGAGCCGAACAAUUCGGCUGGAUCACGCUCCAAUAGCCAGUGCUCCAAUAAGCAGCGCAGCAGCAGCGCCCGCAGCAUGCGCAGCCAGACCCGAAGCAAUGGACAACUGGACUGCACGACACAGCAGCUGCUGCUGGGCGCUGGCGCUGCCUCUGGCACAUCCACGCACGGCGGCAUCACCAUCAUCAAUAACAAUCAUGGCCAGCAGCAGCAGCAGCAACAGCAGUCGUUGAGCGCCGCCACAUCCGUGUCGCAGCAGGCGGUUGGGCAGCACAGUCUGAACGCAAUGCUGCAUGUGGGCAACGGGCAGGAGAGCAUACCCAGCGCCGAGCUCUUUUACAAUCCCAAUCAGAUCAAUGUGGCGCGCAAGUUCUUCAAGAAACAGAAACGUCUGGCCAAGCGCAACAAUUUUGAGCUGCAGCGCCAGGCGCUGCCCAGCCAGCACAGUCUGCACAGCGAUGCCAGCUCCGAGCAGCUCUAUGCGCGGCAUCACAAUGCGAUGACACUGCUCGCCGGCGGCAGCAAGGUGAACAACACAAAUCUGCACUACAAGUCAUCCAUGGGGCAACAGUUGUCGCCGCUCAACAAGGAUCAGCCGACGGCAUCGGCGGCGGCGGCCAUGGAAUCGUUGCAGUAUAAACGCUUUGUGCCGACUUCGAAAAUAUUGCAGGCGAACAUCUAUACGAAUAUACCGGAGACGCAGACGCCGCAGCAUGAGGUGAUUAAGCUGCGCAACGGUACGCGGACGCCCUCGCUGCUCGAUGAGACGCUGCACGAGCAUGACGAUGAGCUGCUGACCACCACGCACGAGGAUGACGAUGCCAGUUCCCUAGAUGAGCAUGCUCCGCUCUAUGCCAAUACCAUGCCGGGCACACCGCAAAGUGAGCUAAAUGCUCAUGUUUUUCGGGGCGAACGUGGCGCUCCGAUUAGCUCUACGCCCGUCAAGCCGCCCAGCCUGGAGGCCAUGAACAGUCUGGGCCUGCCGGAGACGGUGCUGGCCAAUGAAUCGCUACCCGCCGCCGGUGCCGCUGCCGAGGAGCCUUUGCUGCAGCGGCACGAGAUUUAUGUGUCCCAUUCGCUGCAGGUGACCAACAAUAUACGGCUGGAGGAUGACUUUCCCAGCGUGCUCAUACGCUUUAGCCAGCAGCAGCAGUCCAAAUCGUUGAACAACAUUAGCGACAUGCUGGCUGCGGGCGUGGCCACGGGCGCGGUCACGGGCGGCACAACGGCCAAGGAUGGUAAUGGUUGCGCCGCUGCCUCGGCACUGGACGGCGGCAAUGCGCUGGGCUCGCUGGCCGGCAGCAGUGCCAAUUCGAUGGUCACACAGCUGAUGUACUCGUGCUCCAGCAGCAAUCUGACACAGCUGGGCCAGGCCACUCACAGUGCACGCAAUCUGCCCAAUGUGGACUUCAAUUUGCCCGGCAGCAGCAGCACACGCCUGCUAUCCGCCAGUCCGACCAACGAGAGCGAUCUCAACUAUCAGAAUUCGGAGAUUAGCAUACGCAGCCAUGGUCUCUAUGCACCGCAGGCGGACAAUGACUUGAAUCUGACACUGACCGAUGAUUUCCGCUGCUAUCAGUCGUCCAAUGCCAGCGACGCCGAUGUCGAUGUGCUCAAUGAGUUUGACGAUGAGUUUGUCGCCUACAGUGGCAGCAGUUGCUCCGCCAACAAUGCUAAUGGCGCUGCCAACGAGGAUGCACACUAUUCGCAUCAACAUCAAGUUGUCGCGGUUGGUGAAGCCACAGCCAAGGGUGUACCGCACCUGGAUGAGCAGGAGGAUGAUGAUGAGGAGGCCAUGAAUAACUCCAUCGAUGAGCUGUACGAGGCCAUCAAGUGUCGCAGUCCGCUCAAGAACUGUAAGCCGCUGUUGCUGCCGGAGCUGGCGCACAGCUCAACAGCAGCUGGCACAGAUCGUGCACGAAAAACGGAGCCACAGCCGAAUCCCAGUCACGAUCAUCUAAACGAAACCGUCGAGGAUGAUAGCAGCCAGAGCAGCGUCAUAUCCUAUAUCGAUCCUAGAGCAAACGGCAACGAGCACAGCGCUCGCAACAAUCCUAGUUAGCUUAUAGAAUAUAUAAUGCAUAUAUAAAAGAAAGAGAAAAAGAAAAGAACAUCUAGAUAUAGGCAUAGUUAUAGAGACAUACGAUAAACCCUCCGUGCUUGGCUGGAUGCUUGCAGGUGCCAAUGCCAAAGUAAUCCUGUCCUCAACUAGAACCUAAGCAUUUUUAUAUAGACCUAUUUACUGUAUAUUGUAAUUGCUUGACAGGUAUAUGUCAGAUAUAUGCCUAUAUAUAUAUAUAUAUAGUUGUCUAGCCUAAGUCAUUUCGCAUUUACUCGAUCCAAUUCACUUGACUCCUAUAUCAUCUAUUUAUUAUGUCUAUAUAGAUAUCCUGUAAGAAUUGCUAUACAUAAAGAGAUUAUGACAUUUCGCAAAAGCAAAAAAAGAAAAUGAAGCAAACAACAUCGAAACAAAAUAACUCAACUUAAAGCUGAACUCAUCUUAAAUAUUAAAAAAAGUUUUUAAAAUGUUAAAUUCUAGCAAC